UCUGCAAAUCGAGAAGAGGGAUAACUGCCUUCCUGCUGUUAAUUGUUAAUUGCUCGUGUUCUAAGGACAUACAGCAUGUCUGCUUGGGCCCUAAGGUAUUACAGGUCUUAAGGAAUCAUGUUUUCCGGUUUUCCCUCUAUGCUAGUGGCAUGCCCAUGGAUUACUAGGGGUUGCAUUCACAUGCAUCCAGUUAUAACCAGUUCUCCUCCGAAUCUCUGGUCUUCUUGCCAAGUCUAACUUGCCACCUCAUUCUUUCCCUACCAAUCCAUUCUCUCUUAAAGGUCAUGAAAAUUUGCUUUUAAAAAUUCUGCAGUUCUGUUUUAGCUUCAGCCCUGAGAUCAACCAAUCAAUUAUUCUCAUCUUUCCUUCUUCCCAUCCCCCCUUCUCUUUCUCAUACACGGAUAUCAUACAACUGUAGAUUUGCAGGCAUUCAGGCACACUUACACAUAACAGGAAUCUUUCUGUGGAUUGGGUUUGUACUAUUUCUGAGGUGGUUCCUCAGGCCCCAGGAAAGUCUGCUGGUGUACUGUAUAGCUGGAGAGAAUCGGUGGCCCUAACCUAUGUGUACCCACAUGUGUCAGCAUCUAAACUGAACCCAGCCCCGAUCUUAUUAAAUAGCAACAGUAACUGCAGAAAGCCUCAGUAAGGGGACAUAUAUCCAUGUCUGGAGACGUGUUUGAUUUUUACGACUGGGAGGCGGUGCUACUGGCAUUUAAUGAGAGAAAAUAAUGGAUGCUGUUAAACAUCCUAAAAUGCACAGGACAGCCCCCCACAAAAAGAAUUAUCUGGCCCAAAAUAUUAAUAUUGCUGGGAUUGAGAAACCUGCCCUACCUAAAUGAUGCUUUCUACUGAUGAAACACUACUGAUUUGUAAUCUGUGGAUUGUGAAGAUACUGGAAAUUACCUGAAGAAAUGCUACAUUGAAGGAAACGAUCAUAUGUAGCAAACUUACUUGAUAACAUGCUUUUGCGAAGUUCAGGAAAGUUAAAUGUGGGCACCAAGAAAGAGGAUGGUGAGAGUACAGCCCCCACCCCUCGUCCAAAGAUCUUGCGUUGCAAAUGUCACCACCAUUGUCCAGAAGACUCAGUCAACAAUAUUUGCAGCACAGAUGGAUAUUGUUUCACAAUGAUAGAAGAAGAUGAUUCUGGGAUGCCUGUGGUCACUUCUGGAUGCCUAGGACUAGAAGGCUCAGAUUUUCAGUGCCGGGACACCCCCAUUCCUCAUCAGAGAAGAUCCAUUGAGUGCUGCACAGAGCGGAACGAGUGUAACAAAGACCUGCACCCUACGCUGCCUCCACUGAAGAGUAGAGAUUUUGUUGAUGGACCUAUACACCACAAGGCCUUACUUAUAUCUGUAACUGUCUGUAGUUUGCUAUUGGUCCUUAUUAUUUUAUUCUGUUACUUCAGGUAUAAAAGACAAGAAACCAGGCCUCGGUACAGCAUUGGGUUAGAACAGGACGAAACGUACAUUCCUCCUGGAGAAUCCCUGAGAGACUUAAUUGAGCAGUCUCAAAGCUCAGGAAGUGGAUCAGGCCUCCCUCUGCUGGUCCAAAGGACUAUAGCUAAGCAGAUUCAGAUGGUGAAACAGAUUGGAAAAGGUCGCUAUGGGGAAGUUUGGAUGGGAAAGUGGCGUGGCGAAAAGGUAGCUGUGAAAGUGUUCUUCACCACGGAGGAGGCCAGCUGGUUCCGAGAGACAGAAAUAUAUCAGACAGUGUUGAUGAGGCAUGAAAACAUUUUGGGGUUCAUUGCUGCAGAUAUCAAAGGGACAGGGUCUUGGACCCAGUUGUACCUAAUUACAGACUAUCAUGAAAACGGUUCCCUCUAUGACUAUCUGAAGUCCACCACUCUAGAUACAAAAUCAAUGCUGAAGUUAGCCUAUUCUGCUGUCAGUGGCUUAUGUCAUUUACAUACUGAAAUCUUUAGUACACAAGGCAAACCGGCAAUCGCCCACCGAGAUCUGAAAAGUAAGAACAUCCUGGUGAAGAAAAACGGAACAUGCUGUAUAGCUGACCUGGGCCUGGCCGUCAAAUUUAUUAGUGAUACCAAUGAAGUUGACAUACCACCCAACACCCGAGUUGGCACCAAACGCUAUAUGCCCCCAGAAGUGUUGGACGAGAGCUUAAAUAGAAAUCACUUUCAGUCUUACAUUAUGGCCGACAUGUACAGUUUUGGACUCAUCCUCUGGGAGGUUGCUAGAAGAUGUGUAUCAGGAGGUAUAGUGGAAGAAUACCAGCUUCCCUAUCACGAUCUGGUGCCCAGUGACCCCUCUUACGAGGACAUGAGAGAGAUCGUGUGCAUCAAGAAGCUACGUCCCUCAUUCCCCAACCGGUGGAGCAGUGAUGAGUGUCUGAGGCAGAUGGGAAAGCUCAUGACGGAAUGCUGGGCUCACAGUCCUGCAUCCCGACUGACCGCCCUGCGCGUCAAGAAAACACUAGCCAAGAUGUCAGAGUCCCAGGACAUUAAACUCUGA